UCAAACCAUCUCCGGCGAAGAGAGAGAAAGAGAAAGAUGAACAACGGCGGAAGAAAACGCCCACCGCCGCCGCCGCAGCCGUCGCCGGCGAAUCCUCCGAAGCACCAAGCGGCCUCGCAGGAGGACGAGUUCGUCGAUGAGGACGUCUUCCUCGACGAAACCCUCCUCCCGGAGGACGAGGACUCCCUUAUCCUCCGUGACCUCGACAAGCGCCACGCCCUCGCCUCCCGCCUCUCCCGAUGGGCCCGUCCUCCUCUCUCCGAUGACUACGCCUCCGCCUCGCGCAACGUUGUUUUUCAGCAGUUGGAGAUUGAUUAUGUGAUUGGGGAGAGCCACCGGGAAUUGCUGCCUAAUUCUUUGGGACCAGCCGCCAUUAUCAGAAUCUUUGGAGUUACGAGAGAAGGACAUAGUGUCUGCUGUAAUGUGCAUGGAUUUGAGCCGUACUUCUACAUCAGCUGCCCACCUGGAAUGGGACCUGAUGAUAUCUCCCACUUUCAUCAAAUUCUGGAGAGAAGGAUGAGGGAGAUGAAUAGGAACAGCAAGGUACCCAAAUUCAUUCGCCGUAUCGAGAUGGUCCAGAAGAGGAGUAUAAUGUACUAUCAGCAGCAGAAUUCUCACCCUUUUCUCAAAAUUGUUGUUGCUCUUCCUACAAUGGUUGCCAGCUGUCGUGGUAUACUUGAUAGAGGCAUACAAAUUGAUGGAUUGGGUACGAAGAGCUUUAUGACGUAUGAAAGCAAUGUUCUUUUUGCUCUUCGUUUCAUGAUUGAUUGCAAUGUAGUUGGUGGCAACUGGAUUGAAGUACCUGCUGGAAAAUACAAGAAGACAGCAAAAACUUUGUCAUACUGCCAGCUAGAAUUUGAUUGUCUAUAUUCGGAACUGAUCAGCCAUACACCAGAAGCAGAAUUUUCAAAGAUGGCUCCUUUUCGCAUAUUGAGUUUUGACAUUGAAUGUGCUGGUCGUAAAGGUCAUUUUCCUGAGCCUGGCCAUGAUCCUGUCAUCCAGGUUGCCAAUCUAGUUACUUUACAGGGAGAGAGCCAGCCAUUUAUCCGUAAUGUCAUGACCCUUAAAUCAUGUGCUCCUAUAGUUGGUGUGGACGUGAUGUCCUUUGAUACGGAAAGAGAAGUCUUGUUAGCUUGGAGGGAUUUUAUUAAUAAAGUUGACCCUGAUAUCAUUAUUGGUUAUAACAUUUGCAAAUUUGAUACGCCAUAUCUCAUAGAGAGAGCAGAGACCUUGGGAAUAUCAGAAUUUCCAAUAUUGGGUCGCAUCAGAAACAGUAGGGUUCGUGUCAAAGAUACCACCUUCUCUUCAAGACAGUAUGGGACCCGGGAGAGCAAAGAAGUAACAAUUGAAGGGAGAGUCCAAUUUGAUUUGCUCCAGGCUAUGCAACGGGAUUAUAAAUUGAGUUCAUACUCUUUGAACUCUGUCUCGGCGCAUUUCCUUUCUGAGCAGAAAGAGGAUGUGCACCACUCAAUAAUUUCUGAUCUCCAGAAUGGGAAUGCGGAAACCAGAAGGCGACUCGCCGUAUAUUGUCUGAAGGAUGCUUAUCUUCCACAGAGGCUUUUGGACAAACUGAUGUACAUUUACAAUUAUGUGGAGAUGGCUCGAGUUACAGGUGUUCCCAUCUCUUUUCUUCUAUCGAGAGGGCAAAGCAUUAAGGUGCUUUCUCAACUUCUUAGGAAGGCAAAACAAAAAAACCUCGUUAUUCCAAACGCCAAACAGGCUGGAUCAGAACAAGGAACAUAUGAAGGUGCCACUGUUUUGGAGGCAAAAGCGGGAUUUUACGAAAAACCUAUUGCAACAUUGGAUUUUGCAUCUCUGUAUCCAUCAAUUAUGAUGGCGUAUAAUUUAUGUUACUGCACUUUGGUGACACCUGAAGAUGUACGUAAACUCAAUCUCCCUCUAGAGUGCGUUAACAAAACUCCCUCUGGUGAAACAUUUGUUAAGUCAAGUUUACAAAAGGGAAUACUUCCUGAAAUCCUUGAAGAACUUUUAGCUGCUCGUAAAAGGGCAAAAGCAGACUUAAAGGAAGCAAAGGAUCCCCUUGAGAAGGCAGUGCUAGAUGGCCGACAGCUAGCAUUAAAAAUAAGUGCAAAUUCUGUGUAUGGGUUUACUGGAGCUACUGUUGCUCAGUUACCAUGUCUAGAGAUCUCUUCAAGUGUUACAAGCUACGGUCGACAAAUGAUUGAGCAUACAAAAAAACUUGUAGAAGACAAAUUUACUACACUUGGGGGCUAUGAACACAAUGCUGAGGUGUGCAUCUAG